AUGGAAAAUGACUCUUCGGUGAUGGAGUUCAUCCUGGUAGGACUUACAGAUCAAUCUCAGCUCCACUUACCCCUUUUCUUUCUCUUCUUACUGAACUAUGUGGUCACUGUGGUAGGGAAUUUGAGCUUAAUUAAUCUAAUUUGUCUGAAUUCUCAUUUGCACACUCCCAUGUACUUUUUCAUCUUCAACUUAUCCUUCAUAGAUCUCUGCCACUCUUUGGUCAUUACGCCUAAAAUGCUGAUGAACUUUGUGUCAGAAAAAAAUGUCAUCUCCUUUACAGAAUGCAUGACUCAGCUGUUUUUUUUCUGUUUCUUUGUCCAUUCUGAGUGCUAUGUGUUGACAGCCAUGGCCUAUGAUCGCUAUGUGGCCAUCUGUAAACCCCUGCUGUACACAGUCACUAUGUCCUCUCAGGUCUGUUCUCUGCUGAUGUUUGGUUCUUAUGUGAUGGGGUUUGCUGGUGCCAUGGUCCACACAGGGGACAUGGUCAGAUUGUCCUUUUGUGAUUCCAACAUCAUCAGCCAUUACAUGUGUGACAUCUUCCCCCUCCUCCAGCUCUCCUGCAGCAGCACCUAUGCCAGUGAGCUGGUGACUUCUGUUAUUGUAGGCACAGUUGGCAUAAUAUCCAGCUUCAUUAUUUUCAUUUCUUAUGCUUUGAUCCUGUCCAGUGUCCUCCACGUCUCAUCAGCUCAGGGUUGGUCCAAAGCCUUCAGCACCUGUGGCUCCCACAUAGUAACUGUUGGCCUAUUCUAUGGAUCUGGGUUGUUCACACAUCUCAAGACCUCUCCUGCUGGUUCUAUGGGCCAGGGGAAGUUCUUCUCAGUAUUUUACACCAAUGUAGUACCCAUGUUGAACCCUCUCAUCUAUAGUCUAAGGAACAAGGAUGUCAAGUGUGCUCUGAAAAAAACCCUGAAGAGAAUUGCAAAUUAA